GAGUAUCCUGGGAUGCGCCUGCCCCCUCCGAUAUCCACUGUAUGGAUGGUGGAUCACUUGGAGCUGCAGGGUCAUUGAACUGUUGUUUCUACCUACCGGAAUCAUCCGUCAUUACAGUCCUUUAACGUCUUGUUGAACCCCCAUCCCCGCAUUGCAUUGCUGCUCACUCUGGCUGAACCCCCGCCCCAUCUUUGCUGGGCCUUGAAUGACCAAGCAGACUGCAGGAUCUAGUCACCCGCAGAAGCUCCCGUGGUACAUCCAAAACUAUAUAUCUUCCUGGCCGAAGUGAGAGACCAGACCAUGUCGGAGGCACCACGUCCAGCUCUAGCAACGCUGGAGUGUUUGCCCGUGGAAAUUAUCCAGGAAAUCUUUCUCCACGCCCUCGAGGUCAACUUUCCACGAGCCUCCAUACACAUUGCUCGCGCUCUCUCACAUCCCCUCAUGUACAGCUGGAUCAUCCGCGUGGCGUUUAGCAGCUUAGAGGACCCCUCGAGGAACGGUUUUUUCACACGCGACUUUCUUCCGGAGCCGCUUGACCCCUUCGCCAUCUCCCCAGAGGAGCGAAGGGGCCUGCAGACCGCCGUCCUCGGUUGUCGCUGGUGCACACUACCUCUGAUGCGCAGAUGCCAACGGGAAUAUCUCGAGCAUGUGGUUCGUCGUAAGUGCGGCGACCUGGUCAUCUCGCCCUCCGAUUAUCAGAGUCUUCUUAGUAUUGGCAGUCAGUUGAGCGGUCUAGAUGGCCUUAUACCAAAUGAACCCUUUAACCCCGACUUGUGCGUCCAAGCUAAAGUCCGGGGAUCCAACAGGGACAGUCCACUCAUGGUGAUCUUUUACUUCGGCAUGUUUGUCAUCCGCUACGAUUUGUUUCAACUCCCAUGGGGCAGGCAAGACAUGCCAGCUCUUGUACCGGACAAGCUGCUUUGCCCCCCUUGGACUAAAUCCAAGCUGGAAUUUCUCCAAAUACUCACGAGGUUUGCAUGCAUCGAUGAGAAUGCUGACGGCACUCGUUCGAGGCGGGUUCUUCGGCAGGUGAUCCGGGAUCGCGACUUUGCGACCUUCAAGCGAUUCAUGUAUAUGGUGGUUCGUGUACCGUGGUCCAAAGACUUGAACUUUUGGCCGGUCCAUGCAAACCACUUUCAUGCAGCAUUGAAAUAUGCAGAGAAACCGGACGAUCCUUUCGUGAGUAUGCUGGUUAAGGAGCGAUGGGACAAUGUCCCAAAAGAUGAUCAUAAACUCCAGGAUGCUUUGUUGACCAAUUUGUGGGCGAACGGCACCACAUAAGGCUGCAUACAGCUGCCAUUACUACCGGGUUUACGGAAGACAGGUAUUUACUGCAAAGCGAGCAUGGAUGGACUUCGAUGAAAGAAUUAAUUCGUAAACCAUCAGAUAUCAGAAACUAG